UAUCUGUGUAAAGCUAUGUCUAGUUUAAGCUCAGAUUGCGAAUCUUCAUACUACACGGAAUCGGAAGCCGAAAGUGACUACGUUACUCAUGAGGAGGGACAAUCGGUACAGUACAAUCACACCCUCGAGGUGGAAGAUAUUAUACGCAAGCAUGUGGACAUUACGACCAAAAAUGCCAUUGGUCUUAACCAUCAGUACAAAGCGAAGUUACUCGUCCUGCGGCAACAGUUAGAAGGGUUGCUUUCACGCUGCCAACAUAGGUUGCAUGAGGUUGACAAAAGUCUGGAUGAUAUUCGAUUGAAUUUAACGCCCAGGUCGCGACCUACGCGACCACGCCAUCCGGGUUACAUCUGUGGGCAACCGUUCUUCAAGGAUCACGAACUUUAUCCUGGUCCGCACAAUGAGGACUAUCUGUACCGAAAGAACGUCAAGAAGGAAUUUUUUCCCCUUGAUUUGUUUGAAUCGAUUGAAACGUUUUGGACGCGCAAGGACAAGCAGAUGCUACGGGAAAGCAUAGCGUCCCAGGCAUACGAAUUCGUACGCCGGGAAAACCAACUGCGUGAUAAAAUGUGCAUCAGGUCGGAAAAUGCGAGGCGAAUAAUAAAGGAAAGGAUCGAAUUAAAAUCUCUACCAUUGGCAGAAAUUUGGCACAGAGCGCUUGCUUAUGAUGGUAAGUUUGGAGGCCAAAAGUUUACUGUGGACUGGCUAAAAAUAUCGGCCGCCAUCAUGGCCGGACGCCAUUCAGCAUUCACUUGCGAGAGCAUGUGGAACAACUUUCUAAUGCCCGGCCUGAAACGAUGCCUAUGGACAUCGGACGAAGAAUCGAAGCUGGUUGCGGCAGUAGAAGCACACAAGCGCUGCAACUGGAAAUUGAUAGCGCUCAGCGUGGAAAAUCGCUCCGAGUAUCAGUGUUUCGUGCACUAUCAGACGAACUUUUCUGAGAUAUCCCAGAUUAAAAGGAAUCCCUGGACGCCGGAAGAGGAUGAACUGUUGCUACGCCUAGUUAACGAAAACCGAAUUGGAAGCAAUAUCAUAUGGAACAAAAUAGUGGAACGUAUACCGUUUCGAAACAAGGUGCAAGUAUACCAACGCUACAAAUACACGCUUUUGCGUCCGCUCCGAGGUGCCAAAUUUACCGCCGAAGAAGACUGUGUCAUUACUGCGUACGUGCAGCAGUAUGGUGAUGAUUUCCGAUACUUCCCGGACGAUCUGCUGCCGGGCAGGACGACGAAACAGAUACGGGCUCGAUACAUGAACACAUUGCGCUUCGUCAACACGCACGUAGGCUGGAGCCUGGAAGAGGACAAGCGUCUGAUGAGCUACAUCGCCGAACAUCUGACCGAGGAAGGUGCGCAAAAGAUUUCGUGGGCCGACUGCUCCAAAUAUCUUGGCAACCAUUCGCGGCUCAGUUGCCGCACACGGUACUACACCAUCGAAAAGUUCCUCGAGCGCCAUCCGAACGCGACGCUCGAGAAUGUUCCGAGAAGGGAGAAGAAAAGGCUUUCCUCCAAUGUGACGGACAAGAAUUGGAUUAAAACGAUUGUAGAAAUCAAAAGCACCCCAAGGAUGGCACAGAAACCUUCGGGUGAACCGUUCGAGUUCGGCAGAUCGUCGGGGAUCGAGUGCGGAUUGCACGAACAGAUGAAGUUCAGUUUUCGUUACAAGUUCGGUUACAAGAUGGACGUCGACGCCAAACACAAUCACGUGUUUAUGGGGGCAAAAAUCAUGCUCUAUCUUUUGGAAGGUUUUCAAGAGCUUUCGUCCGUUCAAGAGCUAUCCAUCGCCCCGGGUGGCGUACCGAACCAUGAAGCACUAUUUAAGGCAAUACGGCAAUGUCCUCUCGAUUGGCCCAAUCUUGUAUCGAUGAUGCGUCCCAAGAUGACACUCUCGGGGGAUGCGAUGCUCUUUUGCCGCAUUCCUCCCAGCUACAACACCGUGCUGGGUUUGCGGGGUGUAUGCCUGAACGCUUGCAGCGAACAUUUGAAGCAAACGUUACCCGAACAAAAGGCGAAAAAAGUUCGCCAGAGUUUUGACUCGGCCACGUACGAUCAGGCGCUAGGAGUGUUUGUUGAGCGCUUCCGUAAGAUAUUCCACUGGACCAUGCUUCUUAUGAUGCUAAACAUCGACGAUAUAACGCUCGACAGUGGAGAACAAUCGUGCCAUGAACGGAACGACAAUCCGAUAACGGACAGUGGAAAAUGUAGCCAAAAUACCAACACUGAUCUGCAGCUCAAAUCGAUGGAAAACCUCAUCAUACCGGUGGGGACGGAUAAACUAUCGAACUUAUCGUACUGCACUUCGUUGCCUAAAGGCACGUCCCUGCCAAUUGUUAAUGAUAACAGAAACAACAUCGUUGCAAGCAUAACCAUCAUCGAUCCAAAGGAUCUUCCGGCCGUGCCGGACUAUAAUUGCACAGCCAAUGUUCCGAGGCAGGAAACGGAGUUCAAAUGUCAACAGUAUUUAUCCAAACCGCUAGUAACAUCGGCAGCUGGUGUUGCAGCGCCAGAAACAGGUAGCAAUCUAUUGCAAUCUAAUUCUACACCAAUCGAGUCGAUCCUUCCCAUAAUACCUGCGAAUAAUGUAAAGCAAUCUGAAGCGGAACAACCAAAUCCUUCCAUGGAUCCCUCACCGGGAAGUACCCUUCUCGGCACGGAUACCAGUAUGCUACCAAAUACGAUCCCAUUUACUAUUAUCCAAGUGCCAGAGGAAAUAUCUUUCGUGCAACAGCGCCUGGUGAACGCUGUGGCUAACAUUACCUCUCCCGAAGAAGCGCUUCCAAGUGUUAAACGUUAUACACAGCAAGUAUUUGAUAGUACUAGUAAUUUUUUGGAAGAACAAGCAGAUGUUAAAAUGAGGGCGAUUGAUGAGCCACAGUGUCCCAAACAGCUUAACGAAUCCGGCAAAAUCCUGUGCACGUUUAGCGAAAUAGUCACUCAAACUAAUGAAGCGCCAUUUAAACUUAGCGAAGUGACACUAGCACACGAAAUGCAGAAAAUAAAACAUGUGCUUUGCAAAGAGGAUGUGACCUGUAGUCCCGUAACAACGACUAACAAAGAUACUGUGAUGGUCGAUAGUAACUAUCAACCUACCGAAGAUUCGAUUCGAAACACCGACUCUGAUGAAGGUAACGAAAAGCAAAACCAACGAUAUUUAGCAGCAAUACCACCGAUCGAUAGCACGUUGGUCCCAUGCGAUAGGAAUACAUUCGAGGGAGGCUUGCUGGCGCAUAACACUGUCGAAGACAACGAGAAGCACAAAACUGAAGUUCCAUCAACAGACGAUAAAGCGUUCGUGGAAGCGCAUCGUAUGGACUGCGAAAUAGCCUCCGAGGUGCAGUCGAACGAUCGUAGCCCAAAUCUGUUGAUCGACGUAGACGAACCGCUUACCGCUGUUGAUAUAAUCCGAAUGUUACGCUCCCGGCGCAACGCACAUCAGUACGAAGACGACAGCGACAAUGAGCAGGAAUUUUCGCAUUUACCAAAUGACUGA